CUGCUCUGGGAAGGUUUUCUCCAGUGUCAGUCCAGGCUUCAGCUGCAGCCAGUGGUAGGCGUUUUGCCUUUGUUAGCUAGCUUGGAAGGCACCAGGAUAGGACAGAGCCGCAUCCAUGCAAUAGCACAUUUUUUGGAAAAUGAUCAUCUGUACGAAUAAAAUGGAGUACCCCCUGAGAACGCAGUGCCAGCGAGUCCAGAAACAGGUGAUAGUGAACGGUGAGAAGGAGCGAGUGUCGCUGUUGUUCAUGAAGGCUCUGGUCAGCAGGGGGAGCGUGGAUGCUGUGUCCCAGCAGAUGGCCUCUCAUCCUCAGUACUUGGAGAGCUUCUUGCGCACACAGCACUACAUCCUGCACAUGGACGGCCCCCUUCCGCUGCCAUACCGCCAUUACAUCGCCAUCAUGGCUGCAGCACGACAUCAUUGUACCUACCUGGUGUACCUGCACUCAACCAACUUUCUAAGGGUGGGUGGGGACCCUAUGUGGUUACAGGGCUUGGAGGCAGUGCCCCCUCGCCUUCGCCUCCUUGACCAUAUCAACAAAGUGCUGGCUCACCAACCGUGGCUCACUGCCUGGCCACACAUCCAGACGCUGCUGAAGUCGGGCGAGCAGUGCUGGUCGCUGGCUGAACUGGUGCAGGCCGUGGUGAUCUUGGCUCACUGCCACUCCCUCUGCAGCUUUGUGUUUGGAUGCGACGCAGACUCAGACUCCAAAUCUCCUAACGGAACCCCACCAACCUUCUGCCCCUUUGAUGCUGCCAACGGCAAUGCCAACGUGCCUCAGUCACUUGCCACUCCCCCUGAACACAUAACACGACGACGGCAGUUUUUGUGGCGCCUGUGUCAACAGUCUCUGGACUCCAGUUGUGACAUGGCGUGUCUAAAGCAGAGGAUCCAGAAGUCCCAGGACGAGUGUCUUCUGCAGCAAGCAGAUGCAGAAGAAGAGGACGAGAUGAUAUGCUUUGCAGACCCGUCACGGUUCAUCACAGACCCUGACUUUUGUUAUCAGGAGUUUGCUCGGAGGGAGGAGGAUCACUUCCAAGUAUUUAGAGUUCAGGACUAUUCAUGGGAGGACCACGGCUUCUCCUUAGUCAACAGAUUGUAUUCAGACAUUGGGCACCUCUUGGACGACCGAUUCAGGAGUGUGACCACCCUCCCCUCUUUGCACAGCCCUGACCUGAAGAGGGCCAUCUGGAAUUACAUCCACUGUGUUUUAGGAAUACGAUAUGACGAUUAUGACUAUGGAGAGGUGAACCAGUUGCUGGAGCGGGAUUUGAAGCUGUACAUCAAGGCUGUGGCUUGUUUUCCGGAUGCCACCAAAACUCCAGUGUGUCCACUGAGCUGGGCUAUACUUAAAACAUCCGAACGGAUACAUGUGAAUUUAUUAAUCAUGGAGGCCCGGCUGCAGGCGGAGCUACUAUAUGCUCUGAGAGCCAUCACUCAGUACAUGAUUACCUAAGUGUUUGGAGAGGCACAAAGUGAAAACUCUCCACCGGUACAGAGAGACCCAGAGACAGGAGGAUAAAGAAAUGUCAGCAGCAGCAGAUGGUGAAGCUUGAUGAGAGCGGCACUUUAAAGGACACAGAGCUCCAUGGUUUUGUAGCUGUGCCUCAUGAAUGUGCUUUUCUUUGUUUCCGAUUUAAUGUGUUUAUACCACAGGGUGCCACGGGCCCCUGCUCACCCCUGUCUGCAGACACUCUCAUUGUGAAGUCUUCUUCUCAAACGUCGCGGCUCUCAAAGUUUGUGCAAUUAUUACUAGAGUUGUUUUAAUUUUUAGUUGUUUUGUCUUCCAGCUCAUUCUGUGAGAAACUGCUUGGUUGCAGCAGUGUGUUAAAGUGGCCAACACUCAUCUUAGUUUCAUCAGUCUCCGUUGUGUUAACUCUGCUUUCUGCAGAAAAUAUCUUUUGUACAAGUUGACUUAAUGUUAAUGGGAGACCAGGGCCUUUGUUGAUGUUGGUUUUUUUGUUGUUGUUGGUUUUUGUUUUUUUGACAAUCCUCGCCAGUGUUUGAAGAGGACAUUAAGUGGACUGUGAAGGAUAGCAGUGUGAUUUCCAAAACAUUUCGUAUUAAUGCUGGUCAAGAACAAACACAACAGUGACUCUGCUGGGAGUUAUCAUGUCACUAUAGUUUCUUUUAAUAAGCACUUUUAAAAACUUUAUAUAUUUAUAUAAUAAAGUAAUCGGUAGACAUUGAGACAGGCAGUGUGUUGGUCUGAUACCUUUCUUCACCACUGUACAACAUGCAACAUAUUUACAGUGUUUGUCCUCAGACUUUGUGCUCAACCCCAGAUUUCCGAGCAAUGUUUCUUCUUAAUCCAGAAUAUUUCGGUAAAUAUUGGAAGGAUAUUGAUAGUAAUGAAAAAUGCAGUUUACACCUGAUGAUGAG